AUGGCCGCCGCCGCCGCCGCCGCCGCCGCCAUGGCCCGCAGGCUGCUCUCCCCCACCACCUCCUCGCCGUCCACCGCCAUGCGCCUCCUCAUCUCCCGCCGCAUCGUCUCCGCCCCGUCCGUCCCGCGCGCCCCGGCCGCGGCGGCGAUGGAGAUGCUGCGCCCGGCGGCCGUCGGGUACACCUCGUCCCUCCUCCUCCGCGGCGCCGGGGGCGCCAGGGGCAUGGCGCGGCGGCCGGGGGGCGACGGGUACGCCCCUGCGCGUGGCGGAGGAGGGGACCGCGCGCCCACGGAGAUGGCGCCGCUGUUCCCCGGGUGCGACUACGAGCACUGGCUGAUCGUCAUGGACAAGCCCGGCGGCGAGGGCGCCUCCAAGCACCAGAUGAUCGACUGCUACGUCCAGACCCUCGCCAAGGUCCUCGGAAGCGAGGAGGAGGCCAAGAGGAAGAUUUACAACGUCUCGUGCGAGCGCUACUUCGGGUUCGGGUGUGAGAUCGACGAGGAGACAUCCAACAAGCUCGAAGGGAUUCCUGGUGUUCUGUUUGUACUCCCUGAUUCCUAUGUGGACCCUGAACACAAGGACUAUGGAGCCGAGCUGUUUGUGAAUGGGGAGAUUGUGCAGAGAUCUCCCGAGAGGCAGAGGAGGGUGGAGCCCGUGCCACAGAGAGCCUCGGACAGGCCAAGGUACAACGACAGGACCCGGUACGCGCGUCGGAGGGAGAACCAGCAGCAGCAGCGAUGA